CCCGACAAGCGGCGCUGUCCCGCUCAGUUCUGACUCAGACUUCCAAAGAGAAACUUCUCCGUGAAAAAAGUGAAUCAUACUUUCUAACUUUCGAACUUAGACCGACAAAAUUUUGACUUCUAACGAGAAUGCCUGAAGACCGUGCCAUGCCGAACCCUCUGACCGAAGAGUGCGGGUGCUGCCGGGCGGGGCUGGGCCGCUGCUGUGCCGGGGAGCCCACCAAGUCCGGCUGGCUCCACCUGUCCAAGCCCGACAGCCCGACCUACAGACAGCGGGUGGUGGUGAAGGUGUACAGUAAACCACUGGACCCGUACGCAGUGGUGUUCAGCGGCAAGACCUACGGGAAACAGUACGGAUUCUUAAAACUUCGACACGUAAGGCUGGAGAAGCUAGACUCGGCCACAGACUUCAAGGUGAUCCCGAAGACGGGUGAGGGUGACGCCGUGGUGUUCUCGGCGGAGAGCGGGGAUGACCGCGAGGCCUGGCUGGACGCCCUGCGGGGGAAGUCUCGCCUGCCGCCGGGCUCCAGCACCAUGCCCACCCUGGCCGAGGCCGAGGAGGACGAACCGGCGGAAGACGACGACGACGUGUUCGGGGAGGAGGCGCAGGUGGCCCCGAGGAAGGCGCCGCGGCGGAGACCCUCCAGAGAGUACCGCCGUAGGAGCAGCCUCAGGAGCCUGGGACUGAGGCUAAGGAGACAGGACGACUUCCCAAAGCCUUGGUGACAGGCUAUUCCAUGUGGGAAUUCCUCCUUGUAAAUAUAUAACGUUUAUGUAAAUAUUGCCGACAGCCAUAUGUUUCUAAUGGUGCUUUUGCUCAACUCUUGAACUUUGUGAAACGAGACAGCAAUGUCAAGGCUUAGAUGGGUGUGUAGCUUCUUAAGUUUUGACAAGGAAGAUAUAAGAAAGUUGUCUUGUAGUGGCUGUUUCAGCAGAUGUAUAUCAACGAGAA